UAGCAAGCAGGAAGUAUGUCUCUUGGGAGGCCGCGGGCGUGGAGAUGAUCCCGCCUGGGGAAGAGGAGGACAUGAGAGCCGUGAUCGCGCAGAUCGGCGAGAUGCAACGGCGCCAGUAUAACAAGACACGGCAUUGCUACGGUGGUACUCACGCUAGAACGCAAGGCAUCGUCAAGGGAAAGCUUGUCGUACCAGGAGAUCUGCCCAGGCAUCUAAAGCAGUCCGAGCUCUUCCGCGAAGCCGGAGAAUACCCCGUGGCAUGCCGCUACAGCUCAGAGCCGGGCGAUCCAGGUCUUGACGCAGGUGUUUCUAAACGCACCGAGCUACUAGCAAAUUCUGACACUGCGAGCAGGACCGCAUUGCCCAGCCGCGAGGUUUUGCUAUGAAGAUCUUCAACGUGAGAGGAGAGAUGUUCGACGCCGGUCGAGACUAUUCGACCCAAGACAUCGAGUUUAACAGCACGCCGAUUAUCGAGCUUGCCGACGCCAAAACGACCAGGGAAGUUUUAGGCAUUCGUCUGAUGUGCGAUAACGACAAAGCGGAGAUGCAUAGGCGCUUAAAAGAGCGGCCCGACUACGAGCUCCAGGUCUCGCGGGACAAGGCCCCAAACAAGCAUCUCGAGUCGAUGCGGUGGUAUUCGCAGACCGCCUAUCGCUUUGGCGACUACAUUAUGAAAUAUCGGCUCGUUCCGUCCACGGAAACGCAAACAAGGCUGGCCGAGAAGAGAGUGAAGCCGGAAGACGCCGACGAUAUCUUGCACCGAUGGCUGCAAUACUUUCAUCACAAUUACGACGCCGAGUUUUUGUUCCAAGUGCAGCUAGUCGAAAACUUGAGCGAACAGCCCGUCGAGUAUGCCGGUCUCGCGUGGGACGAGAAGAAAUACCCCUGGCAGCCAGUUGCCGAGCUCGUCAUUCCUAAACAGGAAAGUUUUAGCUACGCGAGAAAGUCGUUCUGGGAGGAUCACAUGAGGCUUGAUCCGUGGCAUGGCCUCGUAACGCUUCAGCCCUUGGGAAGCUCAAAUCGCUUGAGAAGAGUUUGUAAGUAAAUGUACACAACAGUAAAGCACGGCGUGGUUCUCACAAAAGUUUCGGUAGUAUAUCCAGCCAGCAGCGCCUUGAG